CUACAGCAAAACAAAAAAACUUCUUGUUUUGCUUUCGCACUUGUCGUUUGACAGGUCUUUUCUCAGAACAUUGUUGAAAUUUCUCGACGUCGUCUCGCAAUGUCGAAAGACAAACCGAUCGUGCUGCGGGUGCAGUCACCGGAAGGCACCAAGAGAAUCGAACUGAGCCCCUCGUCGGCGACAUGUCAACUAUACGAAACCAUACACAAUGCAUUUGAUCUCAAUAGUUUUGCUUUUGCUUUAUACAAGCAAAAGAACAAAAAGGACGAGAUUGCCAGCAGCAAGACCAAAACAAUAAGAACCCUGGGCCUUCGUCACGGAGAUAUGAUCUACCUCUCACCAUUAAAUGGAUCCGUUUUGUUUAAUAGCAGUAACAGUGUGUCUGGGGGCGAACCCAUCGCGGAACCCGGCCCUUCCUCAAGCUCCACGGGCAGCGCUUUGAAGCCUUUGGCUACCUCGAAGUCUAAUAUUAAGGAAGAUGAGGUUGAUCUGGUGUUGUGGAAGCAGGAUGGUAAAAUUGAGAGACAGAAAGAUGAUAAGUUGUGUCGCCACAACAACAAUUCGAAAUGCGUCCAUUGUUCGCCCUUGGAACCUUUUGACGAGACUUACUUGAAAGAGCAAAACAUUAAACAUUUGUCGUUUCACUCGUAUUUACGCAAAAUGAUGUCGGGCGUAGACAGAGGCAAGUUUCUCGCUUUGGAAGAUGUUUCUUGCAGCAUUCGAAAUGGAUGCAAGGAUCAUCCACCGUGGCCGAAAGGCAUUUGCUCCAAAUGUCAACCGAACGCUAUCACCCUCAAUAUGCAAACCUAUCGGCAUAUCGACAAUGUAGCAUUCGAAAACACAAAUUUGGUUGAGAAAUUUUUAAACUACUGGCGUUUGACGGGACAUCAAAGAAUCGGGUACCUCUACGGCACUUACGAAAUACACUCCGACGUCCCGUUGGGUAUCAGAGCUAACGUCGUUGCAAUUUACGAACCGCCGCAGGAAAGUUCACGAGACUCCAUCCGUCUGCUGCCCGACGAAAAAGAAGAAGUCGUAGAUCAAAUCGCCCAGCACCUCGGACUAAGAAAGGUCGGUUGGAUUUUUACCGACCUGAUGCCCGACGAUAUCCAGAAGGGCACUGUGAAACACACGCGGAAUGUCGACUCGCAUUUCCUAUCGGCCCAGGAGUGCAUAAUGGCCGGCCAUUUUCAAAAUCGUCAUCCUAACGCCUGUCGUUUCGCAUCGAGCGGAUAUUUCGGCUCGAAAUUCGUGACCGUCUGCGUCACAGGUGAUAAAACAAACCAGGUUCACAUGGAAGGUUACCAGGUAUCUAAUCAAUGCAUGGCGCUGGUGAGGGAUAAUUGCCUGCUCCCGACCAAGGACGCACCUGAAUUGGGCUACGUGCGGGAAUCUUCCGACAAGCAGUAUGUCCCGGAUGUAUACUACAAGGAAAAGGACACCUACGGCAACGAAGUGUCCCGUUUAGCAAGACCGCUACCGGUCGAGUACUUGCUCGUGGAUGUGCCGGCUUCUUCUCCGGUCAACCCGCAGUACACGUUUAAUACCGACACAUCGAAGCAGCCAUUCCCGGUGGAGAACCGUCUUAUCGACGGUCACAUCCAGGACUUCAACGCGCUCUCCACUUAUCUGUCUCAAUUUGCCUUCGACGAGUUUUACAAUUCGAUCAACGACUUUCAUUUGCUGGUGUACGUUGCCACCAUGGACAUGUUGCCGAUGCGGGACUAUCUGGACCCCCUCCUCGAUGCCUUACGCCGUAAAGACCGUGCCGCGGCCAUAGAAUGGUCCAGGUCCGACCAUUGGGCCACUCUGGAGCAGCUGAUAGCGGCCAGCUCGCCGCCGCCUUCGAGGCCUGGGAGUGUGGCAUCGGGAAGUAUAUCCGCCUCGACGAAUACAUCGAGCGGCCAGAAGUGGACUUGUUCCCGAUGCACGUUCCUUAACGACGCCGAUAGACACAGCUGCGCGAUAUGUUAUCAGUCGCGAUAAUAACGUCGGCGUUAUUCCUGUGUUGUUUUCACACGAUUCGUCGUUUAAUUUGGAGUUGUUUUUAGUUGUAGAAAGGGUAAAUUCACGCACGCAUGCGCGAGAAUCGCGACAAGAAUGAUAAAGCUGGUUUAUUUGUUGUGUAAAUAUAAUAAUGUAUCGGUUUCAUUUUAUCUAAUAUUCGUACCGUUUGAAUGGCAAAAAUUUAAUAAAUGCUACGGAAACGCA